AUAAAUGAAAAUCGAGUGUAAACUCUCAGUUGAGCUUGAGACGACGUUUGAGUGCAAUAUAUAAAGUUCAGAGACCGUCUCAAAGCUCUACUGAUCUCUUUCCUUUCUUUCCUCUGCUUCAUCUCCAAAAUGAGUAGGUCCAGCCGGAUGCGGGGUUCUUGGCGCUGGGACAGCUGCGAGGAUGUGCCCUUGAAUAAGUCCUUCGAGUCGGCGAGUGGGGACGAGGUGGCUCGGCCCUCAGAAGGCAAAGCCGACGAUUUGAACGAGUCAGGGGAUAAUGGCAUUAGUAAGGAUGAUGUGUACGAGAAUGUAGCAGUCAUCGUUGUUUCUAGCCGAAGGAUAAUAAAAGGGCCAGACACAGAAGAAGCAAAGAAGAAGAGCUUAUGGGUGAAGGAAUAUUUGGAAGAGGAGACAGCUGCAAGCCCUAACCCUAACCCUAACCCUAACCCUAGAAUUAUGAGAUCAUCAGCUGCACCAAAACCUGUGGAUGAAGACUUGUACAAGAUCCCACCUGAGCUCCUCUUCUCAAAACCAAAAAAGAAGAUCACAGGGCUGUGUUUCAGCUGCUUGCUGCCCGCUUGUGAUUUUUGAGAAGCUUACUACAGAUCAAAUUAAGAAGCUCAACCUUCGGAACAUGGCACAUAUAUAAAUAUAUCAUGAAAAACUGUUCGUUCUAGCGCCUUUGAUCAGGUGCGCUGUUGAUAGAUCGCGUGUUAGUGACUGUUAAUAUAAGAAUUUCAUGUACUCACAAAGUUUAUUGAACGCGGUUAUCACCGAUUCGGUAUAUCCAUAUAUGUACUUCUUGUCUCGCCGAGAUCUCUAAUAUAAAGAGCUUCUUUA